AUGAAGAUUCAUAAGUUGUUGCUUAUUACCACCACCGUGGCUUCAUUGACUGUGGACAACCAAUUGAUCAAAGCUGAUGAAGCUAAAAUAGAUGCAAAGGGUUCAGACAGGAUGAAAGUUAAGCAUCUGUUUGCUUUUCCGAUUUUUAAGUUCAAACUCAAGUUACCAUUUCAAAAUACCUCACCAAGCUCAUUGCCGCAGGGUCAAGUUGGAAGUGUUGAAGAUACCGCUAAGAGCCAAUCGACUAAAGUAAGUGGACCGACUGUCUCGGCUGAAAAGGAAUGGACGUUUCAGCCAGGUGCUACCCAAAUCCCUGGUCACGAGGAUGAUGCUGGUGGUGCUACCGAUGACGGUGACGAUGAUGAAGAAGAGAAUCAAUGCGAUGGAUCAGACAAAGAUGAACCAUCAUUGCCUUCAAACCUGUCAUUUAAAGGAUUCGGGGAUAUGUUUAUGGAAAUGAUGAAUGUGGGAAAGGAUUUGACCUUAGAAAAGAUUGAAGUAUUGAAGGAUAUAUUGUUUUUGAUUGACAGAAUCAAGGAGGAGACCGACACUUCGGGCGAGGGCGAGGAAAACACCAUUGUAAAUGAAAACAGCGACAGUAAGUCCCAUACAAUCGACUCAACGGAACCUCAAAAGGCUAAGGAGGAUCAAAAAGGUACAUCUACCGAUGGUCAGAACGAUGAUUCGGCUUUAAACGCAACGGAGACAUCACUGGAUGCUAAAAUUGACGUUUGGAGACUUUCUACUACUGGUAAUGCAGAGGCUUCAAAGUUCUUGAGAAAACGUGACAUUUCACCUGAAGAGUUAGGCAAUGUGAUAAGUUUGGGAGAUUUGAAAAAGUUUUUAAAGAAAGGCAGGUUUGAGGGUGAAGAAAUGGAUAGUGACGACGAUGAUAAAUACGGCUAUGACCAACUGGAUCCAGUAGCUAAACACAAAGAGGAAUAUGCCGACACUGACUUCGAAAUAAGUGAUUUGAGUAAAUUAAAAGAAAAACUAGGAAUUUCUGGAAAGAGUGGAGACGGGGAGUCUACAUCUAAGUUGAAGAAUAUUUUCAAAAAAGGUGAUGAUGAGCCGAAACAAAAUGAUGAGGAUGAAGAAAGUGGAAGCCGCAAAAUAAAAUCACAUUUCAAAAAGGGUCCUCCCAUUGUUACUACUACGUUGGUUACUACCAUCACAACUGUCGUGAAUCCAGAGACGGAUACACCCAACGAAGACUGCCCAGAAAAUAAACUGAAACCGAAACCGAAAUUCUAUCCUUAUUUGCACCCUAAAGGCGAGGAAUACCCUGAAGGUUUGAAUUUCAAUAUUGACUCGUCUUCAGAGACUGAGGAUUGCGAUGAAGAGGAGUUCAGCGAGGAGCCAAACAAUUUGAAAGAAAAAGCCAAUGCAAAGAGUUUGAGCAUCAAAUCAAGCAGAGCUAGGGGUAAGGCUUGGAUUGAUAAACUGACAUUUACAAAACGUGACGAGAAAGAUAAGUGGGAAUGGGAAUAUCAUGACAAUGAAGAAACCCCCACUACUGGAGACCUCGAAGCUUCUGACGAUUCUGACGAUUCUGAUGAAGAAACUGACGGAAAUAUGAAAGGUGGGUGGUCCUGGAAAUCAAUAUUCGGUCUUGGAAACAAUAUUAAGAAGAAGAAACUAUCAACAGACGAUUCCAAUUUCGAGUCGACGUGGUUGUUCAAAAAGAAAUUGAGGUCCAAAAAACGCAAAUCAAAACCUCUGACUACGACAACAACAACCGUGACUCGUCCAAAACCAACAGAAAAGCCUACUGAGGAUGAAGAAGAGGAUGAUCCUGACUGUCCUAGAGAAAAGAAAGAAAGGUUGAGACAAGAAAAGGAAGAGAAGCUCAAGAAGAAAAAGGAGGCGCUCAAGGAGAAAUUAAAGAAUACACCGAAGUCUACUCCAAAAGCAGCUACAACAGCUCCAAUGAAGAAAAGUCCCACCACCAGUAGUGAAAAGGUAAAGAGCAAAAUUGGCGUGGGCAAAACGUUGACGACACCAACAGACAAAGCUUCCUUCAUCAAGUCCAAACCAGUACCAAGUGCUUCAGCCCCAGUAGAUGCUGUUUCCUCAGAGAAGGAAAGAAUUUUUUUGCUUUUUAUUCCAGAUGAAGGUGAAGUCAAGCUCUUGACCCCUGAAGAGUUUGCUAGCUCAGCACCUGACUUUGAGAAAGCUCUAUUUGUAAAGGUUGCAUACAAUACUCUCCAAAUUGCAUACAAUAUUGCAAAGGAGAAGCAACCCAGUGCCAGUGGUGACGGGGCUGGGGUUACUAAUGUUGACGAUACAAAAGAGCGUUACAUGCGUAAAAUCAUAUUGGAAGAUGGAGGUUUUAUUAAGAACCAAAAAGCUAUAGAAGAUGUUUUAUUAAGAUAUUUUGACAGAUUCAAUGAUGACACCAAUGACCACAGCUUUAAUCAGAUCUUUGAGAAUGGAGAUCUUUUUGAUGAUGACAAAACGGACAACGGUUCCACUAGUUUCAAAUUUGAAGGUUAUGAUUCCUUUGAGGCUCAGAACAAUAUUCCUCCUGAGGAUCUUGAAGUAGAAGAUGUAAUUGAAAAAGUGUUUAUGUCUUUGAAACAGUCUGACUUGAUAAAUACCAUUUUCAAGUUGUCAUUGAAGGACAAGAUAGUAAGAAGUUCAUUAUUUGAUUUGACGUUAGAAAAUCUUAAAAACAAUCAGAUACCAUGGGAUGAGUUGUUAAUGGCUAUUCAAGCCCAUGAUUUGAAUAUUGACUUCGACAAGUUAACAUUUGUCAAACCUGAAUUUGGCAAGAGCUUAGCAAAAUUAGUGUUGGAUUCUCUUCCACCAUUGAUUAAGAAGGGGUUUUUAUCUCGCUUAGAAGUUAUUCAACAAUUGUCAUUUGCAGAACGUCCAACGAAUUGGAGGAAACCUGUUAUUGACAGAGACAUACCUCAAGAGCUUGAUGAUGACAAUAUUGAAGACGUUGCGCAAGAGUCCAGUCAUGUCAAAUUUGAGAAAGGACAUCUGGAAAAGCACCAUUACGCCAAAAACUUCAAUCUGACAACUGAUCACACCUUGGAGCAUCACGAAGAAAAGAACAAAAAGAUAGAAAAGGAAGACCAUUUGAAAAUUCUUCCUGGCCGAGAAGUGGAAAAGGAAGGGCAUGAAAAUUUAUACAAUGAUGCCAAGAAAGAGCUUUCUGAAAAGUUGAAGGAUGGCGAAGGCAUUCACAAGGAGAAUAGUAAGAAGGGGGUUAUGUACCACCACAAGGGGAAAUAUCAUGAGGUUGACAAAUCAGGUGAAACCAAAGAAGAGCGUUUUGAGAGUGACCGUCAUGAGCAAAAAAAGGAAAAACUUGAACAAGAUUUUCUAUUGAAUGGAGGUGCUAUUGUCGGUAAAUAUAAACGUCAUGAGGCUGGAAAUUAUCGAGAGGAUUUAAAUCGAAAAACACUUUUGCAUCUCACACGUCGUGAUGAAAUUAACCAACAUGCUAACCUUGCAAUUGACAAGAACUGGAAUUCUAAAAAUUCGUUUACCAACGAACGUGACAAGGAUCAUUAUGAAUCCAAUCGUACAUUGGGAGGACAACUUCAUUCAAAAGAGCAUUAUGUAAAAGAACAUCAUGAAAAGGAACGUCACGAUACUGCUCCUGGUGUCGAGCAAUAUGAAAAGGAGAAGCAUGAUAAAGAGGAGCACGCAAAGGAAAACCAUGAAGUGGGACCACAAGAACAUGAACAGAUGUUGAAAGAACAUGGAAAAGUUAAAGAUAAGCUGGCUGUGAUUGAAAAUUCCAAUGUCAAUAAGGAAUCGGAGUCGAAUGUGAAUGUGAAGGUGAAGGUGAAUGGUUCAGGAGUAAGACCUGUUACUGUACCUCCACAACCUCCUGCCCCACCAAUUGAAAUUACUCUACCUGUUCCUGGACAAGUUGUACUUCCAGUCAUUGGAUAG